GUGUGUUUUGGAGCGUGGUCUGAAAAGCUGCAUGAUGACUUCCCUUUUUACCUCCUGCGCUGGGCUCCACCAUCCUCUCUUUGCCUAAUUGCACUAUUCCUCUCAUCUGUAAAUCCGACGUCACUCAUUAAUUUACUCUCUCCUUUGUGGCUAAAGCUUCCUCACAAAGACCUCCUGCUGAGAUUCCUUAAGUCUAAUUAUUAUAAUUGAUCUAACUGAAUAACAGAUUAAUAACCUAAUCAAAAUGCAUAAUAAUGAAAUGUGCUAUUGUUGAAUCGCACAAGAAAAAGUGACGUUUUUCUGUUUAGUAAAAUGAAGCAGAUCCUAUUGAAAGCGGUUAAACAUAAUGUAAAACGUUUUAAACGAGCCAUGUGGAGCAUUUAGGAGGAUAUACUGGCAGAAAUUGAAUAUAAUAUGAAGUGUUUUCUUUGGUGAAUAAUCUCAAAACGAUAAGAAUCAUGACUUUAUUAACUUAGUAUGCACUACUCAUAUUGACUAAAGCUUGAGGUCAGGUCACUGAUAACAAAAAGGCUUUGAAUCAUAUUGCCCAGAUAUUAUCUGUUAGCUGUGCCAGUAACAGGAGAUUGUACACGUACAAUGUUGUUUCGGGGUCUACCUCGUGGGCUUUCCUGUAAAGAGCAGGACGCCUGUGUGUCUUGUAGCACAUCUCGGUACGCCUCGACCCAUUACUCCUGGGUUGCACCUGGAACAGAUGACUUCCUUCUGACUGGUAGCUAGGAGCUGAGGAAAGAUAUGCAGGUCUUGGGUUAUUUGAAACAAAAGCUGAACAAAAGGUUAAACCUUGACUUUAAUCUGACUCCUGAAUACUUACCAGCAGGCUAAAUCUGACCAUGGAAGACUUUAACAGGACCUGCCGAUCUGUCUGAUUACCAGCUGUUUCCAGAUGUUCUGUUACAGUGAUAGCAUCAGAUCAAUCAAUGUGUUUGUGCAUAUGCGGCUGGUUGGCCACUUAUACAGGUCUGCCUUGAAGAAAGCAGGACAGAUAUAUAUAUAUUUAUGAGGAGUAUAGGUCUUCAGAGUUGGUGAUAACGAGCAUUCAGGGUUUACAUACGUGUGGCUUUCUGUUUUCCUUCCUCUUCACUCCCUGUGUGGACUUUCCUAGGCCUAUGCUCUUAGACUGUGUCCUCCUGCCUUUGGGACAAAACAUGCACUCCUCAAGAAAACCUUUCCGUGUUAUCUCACAACACCGCUGGUUAAACUAACUGUUCUGGGCUGAAAUACUGAACUCUCAUUGUCAGGUGGCAAGGUGUCCCCGUUGUGAAUGCACCACCUGCUGGACAGAGACAGCUCGUCUGUCAUGCAGCCCUAUACAUUUUGCCCCACAUGCAAAAUAUUAAAUGAAUUUAAUUAAAAAAAAUUAAACCUUGCUAAUCUUAAUGAUUUGAUUGGAACCGAUGGGCUGGAUGACAGAAGAGGUGGUUAUGUUUACAUCUGCAUGAUCCUGUUUUUCAUUUCUGUGCUUGUUUUGUCUCCCUCUGUCUGUCUCACAGACGCAGUGGAUCUGGGUUCCCCGGAUGAGCUGAUGGAUAUUUCGGAGGUGGAUGAAGGGGUGUGGCCCGACAUGACCACACCCACCAUCACAAUUAGCAACAGUGUUACCACGUUGAACCUGGGGGCCAAGGCCAUGAAGAAGUGUCGGCUAGGCGGGCGCACCAGCAAGGACAAGGAAGCGGGCCUUCUAACAAUGGGCCGGGCCGCCAGCGAAAACGCGGACCUCUCUGUCAAGCGACUGACGCUCACUUACAGCCAAUCGGUGCCUAAGGCAGGAGCUCUCACCAACCUGACGCGCACCGCCAGCGCCGUCUUCUCACGCUCCUUUGACCAGGUGGCCAGCAGCAACGCCCCUCCCUCCAGCAACCACACCGCCUCUGAAGUCGGCCGCUACUCAUGCAGCCUGCAGGAGGAUGGCCUGGGGUACUUGAGCCCGGCGCCAAAUCACAAGCAGCGCUCUCCAAGCAUCAGUGUGCACCUUGGCUCUGACCUUUGAACCCUGUGUGACUCCUGGCAACCUAAACCCUCGCUUCUGAUCCUGUGACCCUGUACCUGUGACCUGGAUCUCCAAGCCAUGCCAACUCCAGCAGAUCAGAAACGAUGAACAAACACUCCUGCUGGUUCUCUCCUCGCGCCAUCCUAAAGUCUGAUUCUCUGUGCUGUAAAGCUGCCCUGCUCCUCUCCCCCAGCAGAGUCUCCUCUGGGCAUGAUGGAGGCCGGAUGUCAGGAAUGUCACUUCCCGCUUCACUGACUUAGUGGUGCACGGCUGCUGUGAAGUCGUGCCAGCAACAACAAAAAACUGCACUCCAUCGCAGAGCAACCUGUCUCUAAAUGGGUGCACUUGAAACAUAUUACUAAAAAAACUGUGUGGAAAGGUUUUUGGAAAGUAUUUUAAUUGGCAUUUGUUGCCCUGCAUGGCUUUGCCAUCCAUCCAUCCUGACCUUGUCCAGGUUUGUCCGAGGGCAGAUGUUGAGUAUGUGUAAGCAUGCUUGAGUGUGUGACUGGAUGUGUGUAUGGCCAAUUGUUUUUAGAGUAAAAGCUACUGAUUGAUACAAUGAACAAGGUAUGAUUCUCCAAGUUGAAAAAAAUGUUUCAACUACUUCAAAUAACGGAUCCCUUCCCAUAGCAAUACACAUCUCUCCUAUUCAGUGUUUUUUUUUUCACUCGCGCUCCUUCGAGUUUUCAACAGUUAGUUUCCUCCAGAGAAUCUGCAUUCUUCCUCAACACGUCAGAAAAAUGACCACUUAAUAAUCAACCAGUAUGUUAAUAAUUUGUUAUGUUUACAAUCGCACAAUAUUGUCAUUGUGAUGGAGAAGCAAUAUGCGUGUCCCUCUCGCUCCUUUAGCACCUUCCUAAAUUGCUGUUCUAUGGCAAAAAUAAAACUUCAGAGAAAUGAUGAUGAUUUUGACUGGGGCUAAUGGGUGUUAUGUUAAUGAUUUGUUAAGUAUUGAAUUUUGCACUUGAAAGAGCAAACAAGUUGUGUUUCAACUUUGAUGAACAAGAGAGGUCUGACUCUCAACUGUGGUAUUUUCCUGUGAGAGAUGUGAUGUGUUGCCCCCUACGUGUUCUGACCAGACAUGGAGUCCACCUACUUGUACACAGGUGAAAUAAUCUGAUAGUUCUGACUAAAGAUGUAAAAUGUCGACCAAAACUAACUGAUCCGCUGGCAACAACAACAACAACAACAUGGCAUCUUUUCUGAUCCACCCACCACUCCAGCUGUUUGUAAAACUUUGGUGAUGUGUUUCCUUGUUCACACCAUUAUCAUCACGUCAUAAUACAUGGUGAUAUUCUCUUGUACCAAAAGGGGAAUUCAACUCUACACAUCUCUUACAUUUGGUUUCCUAAAUCAAGCUCCCUCCAACAAAAGUGUGUUCUGUUGACUGUGCCCGAGAGCUGUCGAGUGUCUAGCUUGGUGGGACUAAAUCAUCGUGUUUCUGUAUGUGGGUUUACAGAAUGUGAAUGGGUAAGCUCUUGUACAUCAUACUGUUGUACUAAAGUUGAUUUAAAUUGGCCUUUCUGUCUGAAGAUAACUCAUUGCUACAACUUCUCGGAAUAAAGUGUUUCUAUAUUUCA